AUGGACAAGCCGACACCUCGCAUCAACGCCUCUAUGCUUCAGCAGUGCGUCAACAUCACUGUCCGCCUCGCUGGGCGUAUUGUAGAGGCUCAGGGUAACUCGUUUCUUCUUGAGACAUCGGACGGAAAGACUGUUACCGUGAAUCCAGCAGUUGCGCAGCUACUGCGAUUGAUGUGUGCACGAGUCACUCUGCACUUUGCACGCCUACUGCUCCCUGGUACCAAAACAAGGCUUGGCACUAUCUUUAAUGCGCAGUCAAAUGAUUUUUUAAAUUUCUUUGCAAGCUGGCUGCAGAACGACAACAGCAACAAUAAUCUGCCACCAAUUGUUUGA